CCGCUCCAUCUCCAGAGUAACGGAGCGUCCACCGGCUUUUACUUCCAGCCGAGCGGCCGUGCGAUCUCUCCCGAGCUUUCACCGCCGUUCUUCCCAGGCCCCGCCCCUUUUACGCCGGCCGCAGCGAAACGCGGGAGACCUGAUUCUAGCUACCGAGUCGUCUGAGCGGCGCGGGGCGGCGCAGUGCGCAGGUGCGAGCGUUUGGGUCUCGCCGCGCGCGGCGCUCGGUUGAAGCGGGGCUGAGUUCCUGGGCGCGGAAACCUGGCAGCGGGCGACCGACAGAGUGGGUGACUGAGCGCCUUCCCUGCCGUUAUGGCAGCCCUGCGCUACGCUGGCCUGGACGACACGGACAGCGAGGACGAGCUGCCCCCGGGCUGGGAGCAGAGAACCACCAAGGACGGCUGGGUUUACUAUGCCAAUCACGCUGAGGAGAAGACCCAGUGGGAACAUCCGAAAACCGGAAAAAGAAAACGAAUAGCAGGAGAUUUGCCGUAUGGAUGGGAACAAGAAACCGAUGAGAAUGGACAAGUUUUUUUUGUCGACCAUAUAAACAAAAGAACCACUUAUUUGGACCCGAGACUGGCAUUUACGGUGGAUGAUAACCCUACGAAGCCGACCAGCAGGCAGAGAUACGACGGCAGUACCACCGCCAUGGAGAUCCUCCAGGGCCGGGACUUCACUGGCAAAGUGGUCGUGGUUACUGGAGCUAAUUCAGGAAUAGGGUUUGAAACUGCCAAGUCUUUUGCCCUCCAUGGUGCACACGUGAUCCUUGCCUGUAGGAAUGUGACAAGGGCCAGUGAAGCUGUGUCACAGAUUUUAGGAGAAUGGCACAAAGCCAAGGUAGAAGCAAUGACCCUGGACCUCGCUCUGCUCCGUAGCGUGCAACAUUUUGCUCAAGCGUUCAAGGCCAAGAAUCUAUCUCUUCACGUGCUUGUGUGCAAUGGAGCGGCUUUUGCUCUGCCCUGGAGCCUCACCAAAGAUGGCCUGGAGACGACCUUCCAGGUGAAUCACCUGGGGCACUUCUACCUUGUCCAGCUCCUUCAGGAUGUCCUGUGCCGCUCAGCUCCUGCCCGAGUAGUUGUGGUCUCGUCCGAGUCCCAUAGAUUCACAGAUAUUAAUGAUUCCUCGGGAAAACUGGACUUCAGCCGCCUUUCUCCAUCUAAAAAUGACUAUUGGGCCAUGCUGGCUUACAACCGGUCCAAGCUCUGCAACAUUCUCUUCUCCAAUGAGCUCCAUCGCCGCCUGUCCCCGCGUGGGGUCACGUCCAACGCCGUGCAUCCUGGAAACAUGAUGUACUCCUCCAUUCAUCGCAACUGGUGGGUGUAUACGCUGCUGUUUACCUUGGCCCGGCCUUUCACCAAGUCCAUGGGUUUCCCAUCAAGUCAUGAUAUGCGGUUCAGAGAAAGUUGGAUCGACCAUUAAUCACACUAUCUGGACUUCUCUGUGUCUACUUUUUGUCCGUCUUUUAAGUCAGUCCCUGGCGGCAGCAGCAAGACCUGGGGCCACUGCAGACCAUUUGAUCGAAGUGCUCUUGUCAGGAGAUGGGGUGGCUCAUCUGCAAGCCAGCUAAGGGAAAUCAUUCUGGGCAAGGAAACAAAACCAAACAGCACGAACAAAAUCACUGCAUAUUAUCGGAAUCAAGUACAUUCUAAAUGACUUAAUCCUACAGUUUGGAUAUCAAGCCUAGGGGUAAAAUGCACUCUGUAGAUGACUUGAGUGAUCCAAAUACCUACAACGUAUAUAUGCAUAACCUGUAUUAGGCAGGACACCUGUCAGAGAUGGGGACUCUUUAAAGCUGUUUUUAUUUGACCAGGCAAAGUAAACAAGGGCAUAGUGCGUUGGGGGGGGGGGGGGCAAGAAGGGGAGAAAAGCCCACAUUAGAAACACCAGAUACAUGGUACAUGUUCAAGAAAUAUUUGUGGUUGAAUUCAGGUUCCUGGUAUACAUCAGAUUUUUAUUUCAAAAAUAAUGAUUGUGAAUCUUUAAAAGUUCUUUGACUUUCUCUUCUUUCCUAACCCCAAAGUAGUAACUCAUAAAUACCGUCAUUAAAAUGAUCUUAUUUGAUCAUUUAAGACCAAAAAGUGACAAAGCCAGCUUAAGGAUUUGAGGGUCAUAGAAAUUAAUUUUUGGCCUAGAACAGGGUGGGCAAACUUUGUAAAGGGCCAAUUAGUAAAUAUUUUUGGCUCUGUGACCUGUAAAGUAUCCAUCACAACCGCCAAACUGCUAAGUAUAGUAAAAGCAGCCAUAGAUACAUGUAAACAAGGGGACAUGGAUGUGAGUCAAUAAAAUUUUAUUUACAAAAAUGGUGUUUGAUUUUUGUGGUUUAAGAACAUGCUAUUUUCGAUCUUGGAUGAGUGUUUGUCUUUUGAAUUUUCGUUUCUUUCUGACAUAACACAAAGCCCUUGCUUUGGGAUUUCUCGUUAACCGUGACACACUUCUCAUGGAACGUCUUACUCCUGGGCUUCUUGGGGAACAGCGACAGAACUGGAAUGGUUGGUUGGAGCCAGUGUGGACAUGAUUCUUUCCAUACUCGGGCAACUGGGGAAAACAUCAAGAGUUUGGAGUAAGGAUUUGGAACAAAAAGAUUGAAGGCCAACUUCAUUUUUUUUUUUUUUUUUUUUAGGAUAAAGAGAAAAAGGAACAGGGGAGAUGAUGUGCCUUCUCACUUGGCUAGAGGCUCAGGGUUAAUUGAUGAAUCUGUUAUAAGGGUGUGUUGUAAAGUCUUUUGAGGACAGAUGCUGCAUAGUUAGGCUUCUGAGUAACAGAAAAUAUAUUCCAUGAUGAAGGCAUUAAGGAAUCAUGCUAUAGGUUUUAGAAGAAACCUGAGGAAAACAGAAACCUCAGACUUUUCCCUGGGUGUUACUUAGGUGGCUUGUCUUCUAAACAUUUGUGUAUCGUGGUCUGAAUUUUCCAAAGAGAAGAGGGGUAGUGGUCAUGUGGACUCCUGUUUCUUUGUUUAUAUUUAAAAUGUUAACCCUAAAAUUGACUCAGUGUAGUAAGGAAGUGGGAGACUGUCUCCCUGCUUCCUUGGAGACAAGGACAUCCAUUGUAUUGUUGCAAAUGCUUGAAUGUUCCAGGGAGGCAGGGCUAAGGAGAUCUGGUCUGUUCCCUGUCACUCUUUCAAAGGAGAGGAGUACUCCAAAGCUACAUGAGUGCACGUGCUAGCUGUUUGCUCCCACAAUUCUGCUCUGGAUGGUGAAUCGCAUUGGUGGGAAGCAGGCACUUCCAGCCACCACGGCUCGGAUCGCCAGGGGCUGAGAAGCCCUUAGGGCCCCAUCCUCCCAUGAAGCUGCCCUGACAAAGCAGGCUCUGUCUCCUUUCACCAGACCAGCGUGAUGGCUCUCCGUUUUAUGCUCGAGAUCAAAAUCAGUGGAAACCAGUUUCGGCUUUCCCCGUCCAGGGCUGGGUGCCCAAACAGGUGUCGUGUCAGCUGGAUGGUUUCCAGUCCACAAAUCCAGCUCCUUCCACACGUGGCAGCAAACGCAGGGAGGCUCUCAGGAUUGAGUGGGAGAGGGUUCUGGCUGUCUUACUAAAACCAGGUCCUAGUGGGGGCCGAGCCAUCCUUGGCUUCCUGACAUGCUUUCUUACCCAUUCGCUGGGGCACCCUCUGGAAGGAAGAUGAUGGAGGGGUCCCUGGUGGGGUGACCCUCUGAUCAAGGCACUCCUUAAAUGGACCCCAAAUUUCACAUGGAAGUGUGACAUCCAGUUAAAGCUAGAUUUUCCUAACCCUGGAUGCCCCCCCGCCAAAAACAUGAAGAUUAUACUGUGAUACUGUUCUGAUGAAGUUGUCUUACCCUGUAAACUGUCAUGUGAGUUAUACAAAGCCAUCUCCUUCCAUACAGGGUGUUUUAUUUGAGAUCCAGGAGUAAAAGGCACAUCUGUACCCUCCAUAGCAUCUGAAUCUUAAUGAAUGAAAGCACAGAGAGUUCUUUAAAAGGGACUUGUAUGGGUCUGUUUAUAGUUCAAUAGCAUUUUAUAAUCUUACUCCACAUUGGAUGCCGACUGUCAGCCAUACAUGGAAGUGAAGCUCUCUGCUGGUUUCCUGAGCAAGGUGGCUGUGGUCAGAGACGUACUGAACACGGAGUACCCCAUGGGCCAAUCCGCUGCACACACAGCCUCCGCCCUUGUCUCCAGUGUGCAUGUCCCCUGGAAGUUUCUUCUGUGGCUAUCUUCGUUGUUUGUCUUCCUAAAGAGAAGCAGGUUUUAAGUUCCUUAUCAUUCAUCCAUUCUUUAUUCCUUCUUCAGUCUUUUCCUUGCUUCUUUUCUCCCCGCCCCCACCUCCCUUCGUCCCACCCUUCCUUCCCUCUUUUCUUCCCUUCCUGUUUUGAUAGGCUUUAAUUAUUAUCCAGGUGUGGAGAUCAGGAGACCACUGUUAUCAGAAGGUUGGUUUGGGAUACUCACGGAUCCCAAGACAAAGGGGACCCACCAUGCCAUGGGGCCACACCGAGCAGCUCCAGGGUUGUUGAGGAAGUGGAGGGAGAAGGGAGCCUUUAUUGUGGUUUCUGCUGAAAGGACCAGGGAGGGAGGGUGAGCCGACUUAAGAUGGACUAAUUUGCAUCAUUUCAGUGGGCUCUGGGGCAGAGGGGCUCUCCCUGGUUACCUGGUACCUGGCCAUGGGGUGAUCAGGGCAGGUGGAUAGUGGCCCAGAAUGUGGGAGUCCCAUAAUGGAGGCGGUGGAGUUACGGGCUCUGGAGUGGCUGGUUUGCAUUUGAAAAGUGCGCUGAUACAGGAGUUGUUCCCUGUCUCUAGCAUUCAACUAACACUGGGAAGGGUCUGCUUUUGGACCAAAGACCAGGACCAUCUUGUUUGUCUUUUAAAUCAUAGCAUUGGAUGGGACUGUCCAGGAUACCUAGGGCAGUGCUCCAUUCACUGCACGCAGAUUUGAUUAUUUGACUCUUUUCUUCUCUAUUUUUGAGUCACUCCCAGAUUUCAUGACUCCCAGAAGUCCACUGCCCACCCAAAGCCUAGGACUCUGAGUGGUCGCCCAGUGCGCCGUGAUGACAGAAGUGGGACCUAAUGCAGGAGAACAUCCACGGAUUGCACAGAAUUUGUAAUCCUUACCCAAGCAUUAAUUUUGCUGCGUAGGCAGCCUGUUCUCCCACAAAGCACUGACUAAGAAGAAAAGGGGCCCAGAGCCCCCAGCAGGGCCUGGCUGACAGCUUGUGGUUCCCUGGCCAUUGAAGGUUCUGAGGAAGGUGGAGACAUCAGCAGGAGGGAAGGAGAAUUUGGAAGGAGCAUUUUUGUGGUUUAUUUUCUUCCCUCCUUCCCUCCCUCCCUCCCUCCUUCCCUCUAUCCUUCCCUCCCUCCUUCCUUCUCUCCCUCCCUCCCUCCCUUCUUUCCUUCCUUCCCUCUCUCCUUCCUUUUUAAUAAUUUUUAAUUAUAAACAUAGUUAAUGCUAUGAAUGCGCAAAAAAUGAAAAAAAAAAAAAAAAAAAAACAACCCUUCUGGCUUUUUACAAUCCUCUGGAGGCAUGCAUAUUUCUAAAUUUAAAUAUACUUUCCGACCCUGUCUGGAGAAAGGAAGUAUUUUUUGGCCAAGCUAAAAGAAAGGGAAGACAUUGCCUUUUAUUCUCUUGCCCAUGUUGCAAAACAUGUUUUUUCUUAACAUUGUUCAUUUGAUGCAAUUAUUGCUGAAUAUUAUGAAGCACCCAGAACUGGAACUUUGGACAUUGUGACUUUGGGCAAAUUACUUUUUCUCUCUGCACCUCAGCUUAUUCAUCUGACAUCUGAGUAAUGGGGAUAAUAGCACUAUCUACAUUCCAGAGCUUUUGUGAGUAGUCCUCAAGAUAAUGUGUAAGAGGGGCCAUUACACACUUUACACUAAGGGGGUGUCACUUCCUCCUGCCAGUAUUAUUAUUAUCAUUCCCUUCACUCCUGAAGAGCCUUAUUCUUCACCUGAAGUAGGCAGAAUGGGGCAUAUUCACUCUUUGGAAAAGGAAAAAAAAUCUCACAAUUUCAAAGGACUUUACGUUUGGAGUGAUUUUACUAGAAACUUCAGAGAAGCCUCCUGUUUUGACAUUGCCCACAAAUACCGGAGGAAGACUCUUCUGAGCAUUGCCAAGGAGAAAAAUGAGAAUGCCAGCUUAAAUAAAUGUUAUCCCAAUCUCUGCAGAAUCGUGAUGUGUCCGAUUUUUUAAAAUGUCGACUGCAGGGUAUUUAUUAUUCAGUGAUAAUAAUAAAUCGCUGCUUCUGAAAUCCAGGGACUCGAGUGUCCUGGAGGGAGGAAGCAAAGUGCAGAGAGAAGAGCUUCGAGAGGCAGAGGUCCAGCCAGACCCGGGCUAUUAAUCAUCGCCCUCCAUUAUUUCCUGAAGAUUCAUUCAUUGUUCCGUAGGUACCUAGAGGGUCAAUUAGAGACCACAGACAGGCUUUUUCAGAGACACAGGAGGGUCAAUUAGGCCCUCCUUAUAAUUUUCUGCUUUAACAGCAAAUGCCAGCCUAUUGCAAAUCAGAUGCAAGGGAGUUUGGAAAUAAACAGGGUACUUUCCCUCCUCCUCCUUUAAAAAGAAAGAAAGGAGAAAAAAAAAAAAAAGACUUCACAACGAGAUAUGGAGGCGAUCAGCUCUUGGUAACAUAUGGCUUGCUGUCGGGCUCCAGUUCAAGUUAGGCAGAGGGGAUCUUAUCAUUGACACUUGUGGGGACAGAGCACCGGGAACGCUCAGGGAAUUUCUGUGAUGGAAUGGUCUGUUCCCAUCUCUGAGGUGAUUGAUUUAUCUCGGGUGCAAUUGGAACUACACUGGCAUGAGGGUACGAUUAUAAAGAACACAAAAGGGUACCUGAAAUCAAUGGAAACAGAUACUCACCCUGACACAGUGGGUCACCACUGCCCACCCCAGGUUUGGGAAUGAUUUCAACUAAACGCACAUAAGUACUGUUUUGCAUGACACCGAUUUUUACUCGUUUUACCCUGGGAUUGGCAAACAAAGUUUGAAACACAUUGCAGCAAAGUCAGAGGAGGAAGGGAAUUGUCCUAAGUGAUGGAAAUAUGGAAGGAAGAUGGUCAGAAGUCUACGUACCCCCUUUUCUCCUACGAUUUCGAAGUGGCUUGCUAGAUUUUGACUCUGCCUGUUCUGAAUGUCUAAUCUUGUUAACGGAAUGAAGGACAUAUUACUGCUCUGCUUCGAGAUCCUUUUCUACCUCUCUACCACCAAAUAGAGAUCUGGAAGUGGAAAAGAAAUACUUUUCGUGUGCAAAAACCAAUUCUAACUCAAGUGAUGUUUUUUUCUUCUUCUGGGAUUUCAGUGCUACUUCUGAGCCCCAGAUUGUCCGAUGUAUUCAGAUGUUUGUUGAGAGCUGGCUAACGUGCAGGCGCUAUUCUAGAUCCUGGGGAACCAGCAGAGAAUAAGGGAGGCAAAACCCCUUAAGUUCCAGAAUGCUGGAGCCCAGCCGCCAGGGCUGCUUUUACUUUCAGCUUAUAUAUAUCCUGCAUGAUUUUCAAGAAAGGAAUUAGGACGGAAGCUGGGAAGGGUGAACUUGUGUCUACUGGAGUCUUUGCUAAAUCCACUGAAAACUGUCCCAUUUUUUUUUCAUUUCCCUGAGAAGAGGACAUGAGUGUGCAUUUCUUUAGAGCAGGGAAUUUGCCUGUUUUUGUCCACUGUUGGUUUUUCUGAGUCUGAAACAGUACCUGGCACAUGGUGGGUCCUUAGUGAGUAUUUGUUGACUCAAUGAACUCAUGGCCGGUGGGCAGUGGAGGGAAAUGAUUCUGGGGAGCUGGCCUUUCUCCCAGCCCCCUGAGCAGCUCCAGCCCCUAACUGCUGCUGUCUCCCCGGGAAUCAGCUUUUUUAUUCCCCACAUUUUUGCUUUCUGAUCAAAAGCAAGAAGAUCUAGUGCUUGGACCCUCCACCCUCAUUUCCAGCUUCCAUCCCCAAAGUUGCCAGUAUGUGGCUUGCAGAUGUCUUUUGUUGGGACUGCUGGGUUUUUGUUUCCUUCAUGAAAUAAGUUAGUUGCCAACAUUUUACAAAUUGGGAGACUUUACAUCACAACUGGGAUUUCCUGCUUCUCUUGAAAAAACAGAGCUGGCAUCAUUUGCCUGUGCUUCCAAGUGGUAGCAGCAGGCUGGAUUUGAGCUGGGCUGCACCUCUCUAGCUGGGCUACCCUUCUCUAGCUGGGCUGCAUGUCCGUUGGCUUUCCGUGGUGCCCAUCAGGCCCACUUCACUCAUAGAAACUGCCUGGCCUCCUAGGAGUUGGAGUCUGUAACCCCUAUAUGGCAAUGACACUAAUUCAUGAGCCUGCCCAUUCACACCCUGGUUAUCAUGAGAGCCUCUCAUAGGCCUCCCUGACUCCAGACCUCUGAUUCAUUGAGCUGACUGCCAUCUUGGCUCCCUGGUCUCAGAGCUGAUGGUGCUCUGAAAGGCCUGCCUUAUUUAUAUAGAUCCUUCUACGUAGAGGGUUCUUUUUUCCCUAUUCCAAAGAAACUUUGACUCUUCCAGAAGGCUUGCCUGAACCCUAAAGCCCCUCUCCCUGCAAGAUUUGAGUGUGAUUUGGGUACCCCUCCAUCCUCCAUUGUUCUCAUAAUGUCCUCUGCAACCAUGAUUGUACUGUGGCUAUUGACUCUACUGCCAGCCACCCCUGACCAUCAUCCCCGUAACAACAAGGACUUUGUUGCUCAUGGUCACAUCCUGGGCAUCGAGACAAAAUCUGCCCUCUGAAGGAGAGGACACAUGGAUCUGGCUGGCUGGAGCCUAGCUUGUGUAAGGGACGAUGACAAGACUAGCCAGGUAAACAAGGCUAACCUCCCCAGAUGCCUUGGGAGUCCCAGCAAAACUCUGGAUCUUAUCUUCAUGGCGACUGAAGGUACUGGGAAGGUUUAUGGAUAUUGCGGUAUCCCGCAAGUAAUACGGGGACUUAGUGUGCAUUUAGAAGGGGCACUCUGGCUUUAGUGAGAAGGAUGGGUCUUUAAGGGGCAGGACUGGCAGCAGGUGGGCUCUUAGAAUUGUCUGGGCCAGACAUUGUGGAGGUCAAAGCCAGCAAAGGAUGUGGAAAUAAGACGAGGCUACUGAUCGAGUAUAGGGGGGCAAGUAGGUGGACAUCCUACUGUAGGGGGUGGGGGUGGGUAAGACAUUACCUAGCCAGUGAAUUUGUAAGAAUAACUUCACUCCAUUUCUCCCCUUCCCCCAAGACUGGUAGUACAGUCUCGUAUUAAAGCAUGCAGAGAGCAGAGGCUCUGGGUGCCACAUAUGAUUUUAAAGCAGCACUAUUAGCAAACAUCCACUGGCGUGGUUUUUAGUGUGCAUGUAUUUUUGUGUAUUCCACAUGGAUUUUCUUUGCCUUUCUUUUUCUUCUUUUUCAUCCUCUUCCUUAAGGGAAACCGCAUCCUCACAGUUGCUUUUUGGUACAGUGUUCUAACUCAUGACUUUAAUCAUGUGAAUGUGUAGCAGAAAUGGACAAGAAAAUCCUCAGCCCAUUUAUCUUUCAGACCCCAAGUGUACAGGCACAAAACCACAACUUCCACCCUUUUUUUCCCCUUUAUUUCAUACCUCACCUCAAUUUAUGACUUGGCUUACAAUCUGUUGCAGAAAGCCCAGCUGCCCAGCUUUCUCCUGAAUCUACAUUUUUUGAUUUUGUCUAAAAUAGCCAAGGUCUCGGGAGUUUGCCAUUAUAAUGCUUCAGAGAAAUUAGUGACAUUGAAGGGUUCUCAUCUUUUUGCGUGUGAUUUUGGUUAUAGGAAGAAAUUCACAAAGCCUUUUUUUUUUUUUUUUUUGUCACCUUUGCAGUUCAGGAGAUUAUAUUAGAUGUUAUUUGAUACAAAAAAUUUCCCUGGUGGGGCUUUUCUUCAUGUCUUAGCUUAGAAUAAGUCAUGCCACCAAAGUAGGUGCCUUUUGUAGAAACAAUUCUGAGCUCUGUUUGGUCUGAACAUUUUCUUACUUAACUUUUUGUAAGACGUGGCAUAGAAAAGUCAUUUCAAUAGCUGCUGAUCUAGAUUCACUGGCAACACUAUCAUAUUACUACCAUGAAUAAUACCAGUGAUAAAUGUUACUUUGGAACUAAUUCUUUAGUAAUUAAUAAAAAAAUCAAGACAGCUAUUGUGCUUGAGUUGCUGUGUUAAGAAUUUUAUACUCUGCAAGCAUAGUGACUGUGAAAGCCAAAGAAGUAAAUGAAAGAAGGUUUUAUUUUAAAGCUGGACUGUGGUAUGCUCCUGUAUUGGUUUUCCAUUGCCAUGUAACAAAUUAUCCCAAACAUAGCAGCUCAAAACCACACCCAUUUAUUAGCUUGAGAUUCUGUAGGUCCGGAGUCUUGUGACGGGUUUUCUGCUCAGGGUUUCACAAGGACAACUUCCAGGUGUCAGCUGGGGCUCUGUUGCUUUCUGGAGCUCCUGGAGAGGAAUCCACUCCUAAGCUCUGUGGGCAGAAUUCAGUUACUUGCAGUUGUAAGAUGGGGGCCUCCAUCGACUUCCUCUCUGUCACCUGCUGGUCACUCCCAGCUCGUAGAGGCCACCCACAUUCCUUGCCCUGUGGCCCCCUCCAUCCCCAAGAUCAUCAACAGAAGCUGUCUUGUGUACUGAAUCUUCUCCAUGCUUGGGAUUUCUCUCUCUCUGACUCUGACAUCUAGACCCAUGCUUAAAAGGCUCACAUGAUUAAGAUAGUCUCCUUAUCUUAAGGUCAACUGAUUUGGAGCCUUAAUUAAUAAUCUGCAAAAAUCCCUUCCCAGUGGUACCUAGAUUAGUGAUUGAUGGGGUAACUGAGAGAGGUCAGGUGUACACCAGGGCCCAGGUGUCUUGUGGGCCACCUUAGGAUUCUACUGACUAAAGCCACUUUUUUUAUUUUUUAAUAACUAAAAACAAAGCCUACAUCUUUUCGGAGACUUUUUCAGAUUCAGAAAGCGUAGUCUAAGAGAAAGGGAGUACUUGAGGAAGAUAGAAAACACAGAGUAAGGAAGCUUAGGUAGAGCCUCUAGUGCGGAAUCUGAUUUUAUCAGGGAUGGCUGUGCCUUCUCUUGUGAGCCAAGCAUGUGAUUUUGCCUGAAGAGGCAGAAUGGGAGCUUGGAGAGAGGGGUUAUAUGGCUCAGAAUCUUUAGUUAUCAGCAGAUGGGGCUGAGUCAGAAAAGUUUGAUAUUUUAUAUGACCUGAUUCAACUCAUUAUCUUCCCUGUGCGUCAAUGUUCGCCACCUCAAAUCUGUUAAUAUUCAGAUCACCAAAUGAUUAAGCAGCAGUAAAGGGAUGUUCCAUUGUUAGCCCCUUUCAGGCAUACAGUAGGCACUCAGCACAUGUCCCUCCUAUUGUCCUCUUCUCUGGAUAGAGUGUAAAAUCAGAUUAGAUGGCAAAUCCUAGAUUUGAUCCAGGCACUCUGGAAACCACAGACUUCUUAAAUUCUCCAUGGGGAAUGGGAAUACAGGCCUGGGAGAGCCUGGGAGUGUUGCCUCAAUCGCCUGUUCCACACACAAAAUUCCUCUGAAGUCACAUUUUAUCUCAAAACCCAUGCAAAUUCUGCGUUCUGCUCCCGGAGCUAGCCAUGUUGUAUUGAUACAAGACCUAGUGUUUGAAUCACUUAGCGGUUGCGUUCACACCCCGGGACACAUGUGUUUCGCUAGGGCCAGGACUCGGCAAGCCACACGCCUAUGGUGUCGAAGUACGGAGUCACACCCCCCUUCCCCCCACCCCUCC